AUGCAAGACCAAUAUCAUCAUUAUAUUCCAAGGUUUCUUCUUCGUAAUUUUGCUGUUAAUAAUUAUGAGAGGAUAUUUGUGGAUAAUGAAAGAUUAUUCAAACAGAAAAAACAUAAACGGAACUUUAGGAAUAGAAAUAAUAAAGACGCACUUCUUCAAACUUAUGAUAGAAAUCUCAGUCAACUGGGCUUCUCUUUAAUCGCAAAAACCUAUGGAUAUGCAAAUAUGUACAAAGAUAUUGACCAUGAAGACGCGAUGAAUGUGGAAAAAAAAUUGUCAAAACUUGAAGAGCAAGCAUCGAAAGUGAUCAGAGAUAUUAUUAAGACUUCUCAAGUGGAAAGUCAGAUUGUUUUGCUCAGAAAAGAUCUCGGGAAUCUUCGCAAGUUUCUCUUCAUAAUGAACUAUCGAAACCGCUCUCGUUGGUCUCAAUUUGCCGAAAAUAGGUUUGACAACCUUACUUGGUCGAUGGUUGAAAACUUCAUGCAACAACAAAAAUUAAAAAUUGCUCAAGAAGUUUGGUUACAGAAUAUUCGUGAAAUACUAGAAACUCCACAUGAAGACGUUCAAAACAACUUGCAAAUAUUUUCAUUGGAUAGGACAGAUUAUCAACUGCGCAUGGUUGAUUGUUUUCUCGUAAUUUGGCAAGCUGGUGAAAAUGACGAGUUUAUUAUUACCAGCAAUGGUUUUGGAAUCUUCGAAGGGGUGAAUGGAUCCGUGAUGUUAAGUCAAUUUCAAUUUGCAUACCAUUGGUUCUACGUCAUCUCUCCAAAGCUAGCGUUAGUCCUUUGUCAUUCUUCAUUCCGAAAAGAAAUUGGACCUGAUCUUUUGCAAAAACAAUUCGGUUUUACCCGUUCGAUAUUCGAAUACGUUCCUCAUCCACCGGCAAUUCCAAAAUAUGUAGCAACUCCGAAAGAAGUACCAAUUAAUGAAUAUGGCCGUAGCAAUGACACAAAUCCAUUUACGGCAUUUGACUCGCAUUUAAAAAGCAUAGGUCUCGAAAAACGGGUGGAUGACACAUUUACCUUUAACUUUGUCAAAGUCUCGUCGGCUACCGUUCAUCUUGUAAACUCUUUCUUGCUUAACGAGACUAAAGAAGACCUAGUUCUAACUUUCCUUUCCCAUUCGUACCUCUAUAAGACAAUUACCAAGUACUAUAAACACCACAAGGAACUUGGUGUUGUAGACCAGGACUUCUCGGUUUUAAAAAGGAAAUUAUUCAUGGUAUUAAAUCAAACUCACGAGGAAAACUUGAAUCUCAGAAGAAACAUCCCAGCAGAACGAUCUUGUAAUUGGAAUGUACGCGUAUUGACUUCAGAACUCUGA